CGGUGCUGGCGGCGGCCGGCCGGGGCUGACCAGUUAUCUUCUCCGCAGGGCCGCGGCGAGAGGACCGGAGUCCAGCUUCGCCAGGAGCCGUGCCCGCCGCGCCCGAGGGGAUGGAGGGCUGCCCCAGAAGCCCCAGCGCGCCUCGCGACCCCGCGCUGGCUGGCCGCCUCUAGCUGCUUGAGCAGUGCGUUUUAUCCACCACCUCCUAGGCCUUGUUCCUUGAUCUGGUGGCGUCGUGAUUGGAAAGAAAUGGAAGAAAAGGAGCGAUGUGACCUAUUCCGAUCGGUCCUCCUGCAGUGAGGCCUGGUUGGCAUUUGCAGAGAGGAAGACACAGCAAGGAAAUCUUGUCUUUCUGGAGGAGGGUGAGGAAAGAGCAACAAGAUCUUAUAUUUUAUAUGAUUUUUUAAAAACCGUGCACUUUGACGGUGGUGGCGAUAUAAACUAGUCCAAAAAUUAUUUUUCUAUUGAGAAGAGAGAAGAGUUGGAUUUUUUUUUCCCUUUUUGAUUCCAGCCUUUUCUCCCAGUGACAAAGCAUAAGUCAUGGACACCAGAGAAUAAGGUGGACCUCAGGAAUCCUGAAAAGACUGAGAAGCUCCCAUCUUCCUCAGCAGGGAAGAGUGUGGUGUUUUCAGCCCUCUCUGGAACCUAAAACAAAAAACAUGAGUUGCGUGCCAUGGAAAGGAGACAAGGCCAAAUCUGAAUCCUUGGAGCUGCCCCAGGCAGCACCCCCACAAAUCUACCAUGAGAAGCAGCGCCGGGAACUUUGUGCCCUCCAUGCCCUCAAUAACGUCUUCCAGGACAGCAACGCCUUCACACGGGAAACGCUGCAAGAGAUUUUCCAGAGGUUGUCUCCAAAUACCAUGGUGACACCACACAAGAAGAGCAUGCUGGGAAAUGGGAACUACGAUGUGAAUGUCAUUAUGGCAGCACUUCAGACCAAAGGCUACGAAGCUGUUUGGUGGGACAAGCGCAGGGAUGUUGGUGUCAUUGCUCUCACUAAUGUCAUGGGAUUCAUCAUGAAUCUGCCCUCCAGCCUGUGCUGGGGACCACUUAAGCUGCCUCUCAAAAGGCAGCACUGGAUCUGCGUCCGAGAGGUAGGGGGAGCCUACUACAACCUCGACUCCAAACUCAAGAUGCCCGAGUGGAUUGGAGGCGAGAGCGAGCUCAGGAAAUUUCUAAAACAUCAUUUGCGAGGAAAGAACUGUGAACUCCUGCUGGUGGUACCAGAAGAGGUGGAAGCCCAUCAAAGUUGGAGGGCUGAUGUGUAACACAGUUCUGCCCCGCCUACCCCUUGCCCCAACCUCCAGGCCUCUGCCAUGUGCUGUGGCCUCUCCCGUGGGCCUGCCCUGGCCACUUCCCCAAACAUCUCAUCAGGUUUCCCCUUAGGAUCUGCCAGUGCAGUAGGACAGGUGUGUGGACUGUCUCAAGAACCACCCGCUGUCUAUGCCUGGGGAAGGAAGGGAGGGGCCUGAGCCCCGAGGGCCAGCAUCAGGAGCCGUGCUACCAUCAGAGAAGGCAAGGUGGGUCCCAGCUGUUUCCCCCUCUCUCUGAGGACCUGACAGGUUCUGCUGGAGUCCCUGCUGCUACUCCAGGCUCCCCAGAGAUGCUGCCACCACUUUCUCCUGCUGUGGCACCAGUGAGUCUAAAGACAGUACUUGCAAAACCCAGCGACUGCCUCCAAGGACACAGAGCAUAAGUGUCUCUCAGGAAAUCGUCUCCCGGACCCCAGCAGCAGUACCAUGUGCCAGGCCGUCUACAGCCCUUAACGCCACCCCACCCCACUUUUACAGGAGGUUUAUGGCCAGCCUUGAGCUUUAUAAUGAAAAGUCCUCUAAUAUUCCAAGCCAGGUGGCUAAAUCCCACAAUCUUCUAGCAAGACAAGGGCGAGAUACAUAGCUAAGAGGAUGUGGCUUAAGCCAGACUGGGACAGGCAUGGGGUGGCUUUUCUUUACUCUAGUUUUGUCCCUGCCAUUUCACUACAUUGAUUUAGGAGGCUUUGGGGCAAACGUAAAGGAAAGUGGGUAGUUUUCAUACUUUGUCCACUCUGGCAAAAUCAGAAAAAAUUGUGUACCCUUAAUAGCACAUUCUACUAGCUUGGGACAGAAGCAGGUGAGGGAAGAUUAUAAUGUGAAGAUCUGCUUCUCAGAGUUUAAGAGCAGAUAGAAUUGGCAGAAGUCCUGGGCUCCAAGGCUGAGUCACUGUGGUGACAAACAGCAGAGCCCUCAAGUCGGGUGGUUACGUGCACUGUUACAGGACCUGGUUUGUCAUCUCCGUGUAGUCUCCUUUACAAAUCACCAGAUUGCCCACCCCCUACCUCUUGAAAUAGUUGUAGGCCACAUUUCUCCUGUGACUUUGGAAAACGAAAGGAAGUAAGUUAUACCACACGUGUCACCAAAGUGGCUGUGGUUGUCUUGCGACAGGGCGGGCAGAGUGACCCAGCCAGUCCUUCCAGAUCCAUGGUCUCAGCAGGAAUGAGGGCUGCCCCGCUGGCCAGACUCCUCUCCAGCAGCAGAGCCAGCUGGGGCUUGCAUGUCAAUCCUCAGCAAGCUUCACGGGGGAAGCCGAGGUUUGCUCCCCACUGUGACUGGAGUGCAUGUUUACACCAGCACUUUUUCUGCACAUAUAUCUUCACAAGGCCGUUUUCUAUGCCGAGUAACAAGAGGCCCCCAGCGGCAACUGUGUUAUGCCCUCUCAGCAACUGGCCGUGGUCUCUUCUGCACCAUUUUCUACACCAGACUGGCUUGGCACCACAGGGAGCUGUCUACCCCUGCACAAUGACAUUCCAACCACACCAGCCAGGAAGUUCCAGCAAACUGCUGAUUGUUUCAAGCUGAACCAUGGUCCAUUGGCACUGUCAGUGAUAGUAAGCCAUUUCCGGGGAGGAGGAAACUUCUCUCCACAAACUGCUUGGGCCUGUGCAAAUGGCACUUCAGAGGAGUCCCGUGCACGUGGAGUGCACGAGCCAAUGGAAUAUGCAAAGAUGCUUCAACAUUUCAGGGCUGGUUUCUCUGUUCAUAUCCGAUUCUGGUGCUUAGGAACAGGGACCCAUGCUGAUGCCCAAGCGCAGAAAGCCCCCUCCUUUAAAGGGAGCAGGCCUGACCCUGAUGCCCAGUAAGGGGCAACCCCAGGCUUUGUUUUUCUUGCUUUUGUUCCCUUUUUGUUGUUGUUGGCCUUGUGCUGGGUUUGUUUACAAAGAUGUAUUUUGUUUAACCAAAUAUUAAAAAUGGAAAAUUCCAUACAUGAA